AUGAUAAACUGCGCCCGUUUCUACUUUGAAUGGAAAGGCCAUCCUAUCGACGACCUUGCCACUUUCCACAGCCUCACGCUCGCGGAGCGGCCGGAUAAGCGGAUCGUAUACUUGGCCGGCGAUUCAUCUCUCGACAACAAGUACUGGGUUGAUAAGAGCAGUUCUAUUGCCCCGCCUCAGAUUCCGGAUAUCUAUUCAAAGAUAUUUAAAAACCCUGUAGUCCCAAAGCCGGAUGUUGCAUUUUGGAUGAACAACCUGCUGAAAGAUCGCGCAACAUGCAUCAACACUGCAGUAGAAGAGUCGAUGCUUCGAGAUCGAGAUGAAAAGCUCCUGCCACACGACCAGUUCAUUCGUGACAACAUCCGGUCCAACGAUGUGUUGAUAGUCAGCGUUGGCGCAAACGAUGUCGCCCUAAAGCCAAAUUCCUCCACGAUCCGCCACAUGCUGCAGCUCGCCUGGCUGACCCCUCGCAAGAACUUGGAAAAUGGUACUGCAAGCGCAUUGGAGUACUUCAAGCUCAUGUUCGGAACCAAAGUCCAGGAUUACGUCGCUCGCCUUACCGCCAAAACGAAACCUCGCGCCGUCAUCGUAUGCAUGAUCUACUUCCCUCUCGAGGCGGGAUUAGGACAGACUAGUUGGGCUGAUGCGCAGCUCAAGGCCCUAGGAUAUAACACAUACCCUGAGCAACUGCAAGCAGCCAUUCGAGCGAUGUACCAAAUUGCAACAAAAGAGAUACGAAUUGAGGGUACGGAGAUAGUGCCUUGUGCACUGUAUGAGGUGCUUGAUGGUAAGAGUGUGGGCGACUAUACGGCGAGAGUUGAGCCAAAUGAAUCGGGCGGAAAGAAGAUGGCCGCCAAAUUCGUUGAGUUGCUGGACGAAGUCCUGGAAAAAUAA